GCCGCGUUCACGAACGCAGGGACUGAGUGCGGAUACCCGACAUUCGCCUCCGAGACCUGUCACUAGUUACGUAUUAGCUAUUUAAAUUACAGACUGUGACACACUCCGCCAACUGGAAUUGAGAGAAGAUGGCUCCUCAUGGUGGAAGACCUGUUGGGCCUCCAAGAUUAACUUCGUUUCUUCGGGCAUAUGCCAAUGUCAGCAGGAAAGGAAAUGAGGAUGAUUAUGACCUGGCUCAAAUCUUGGCAAUCAAAAGAGAACAGCGAAGGCAGCGAAUGAAAGAGAGUGGAGUCACAUGGCCUCGCAUCAAGAACCAGGUGGAGCAUCUUGGGAGAGAGAAUGGGGUUAAUUUAGAUUGUUAUUUGCGAGAGGUGGCAGAAGUGGCACGUCAGGUUGCCCCGGAGCUGGACACACGUGACGAGGCAGCCACCCUGCUCUUCACUGUCUCCCAUGAUCAUGCAGUCCUGCCUGUCAAGCAUAAACUCAAACUCCACCAGAUGUUUGGCGAUGUGAAGCCGUAUUUACUGGAGAGGGCUCAUAAGGCUGUUCGCAAUGUUGCUGAUCUCGUAGGCGAAGAAGAGCUCAAGGAGAUGAUGCAGAAUUUGCAGAAUGAUCAAGAGACAACGACAAUGUUUGGAGCUAAUAUUAAAGUUGGAAAACUUGGACCACCUCCCGAAUUGCCACCAAUGGAUAAACUGAUCAACUUGCAAAAAGUUAAAGUAGAAUCUAAAGCAACCUUACGAUAUGAUGAUUACAAACCAGAGACAGUUCAGACUCAGGUGAAGAAGAAGGUGAUUAAGGAUACAUAUGAUAAGUCAUGGGUAGAAGCAGAGAUGUUGAAAUAUUACACUGACACAAGCAUAGUCUCAGAGCUAAGCAGUGGAACCAUGGCCCUCCUGAUUAGCAGCAAGGGUGAUGAUGAACUGCAGAAUGAGAUGUUUGAGUUACUAGGAUUUGAGAGAUUUGAACUUAUCCAGACUCUGCUGCAACAUCGAAACGAAAUUAAAAACCCACCACCAGACAAGGACGUAAAGAUUGCAGAAUUGCUCAGUGACCUAGAAAAGAGAGGAAUACCUGAACGACCUAUAUUCGGUCAGCAAGUCACCGUUAUGAAUGAAACAGAGAAGCAGUACCUCAAGCAGGCAAGGAAGGAGGAGAAGAAGUUGCUAAAAACUGCCAAACAGAUAGCAGAGGAUGACUCCAUAGAUGACUUCAGUCCAGAGACACUAAAAGCGAAAAGAGAAGCUGCUCUUUUGGAAGCUUCCCAGGCAUAUCUCUUCAAGAAACGCGACCGAGUGAAUGUCCCAGAGAUACGGUUUCCCUAUGUGUUUGAUUCUCAGAACAAAGCCAAGCAGACAGCAGGUUACAUAGCAGGUAUGAAAAUAGCUUUGCCUGAAGGCUUCACUAGGACUUACGAUGAUGUAUUGGAAGAGGUGGAUAUUCCAAUGUCAGAUCCAGCUCCUCCUGAAGUUGGAGCUAAUCUCAUAAAUGUAAAGGAGCUUGAUGAGAUUGGAAGAAUAGCAUUUAAAGGUUGCAAGACACUGAACAGAAUCCAGACAGUAGUUUAUCCAUCUGCAUACCACAGCAAUGACAAUUUGCUCAUAUGUGCUCCAACCGGUGCUGGUAAAACAAAUAUAGCUAUGUUGACUGUCGUACACCAAAUUAGACAGCAUAUUGAGAAUGAUGUUAUUCAGAGAGAUAAAUUUAAGAUUGUUUACAUUGCUCCAAUGAAAGCCCUGGCAGCUGAGAUGGCACGCAACUUUGGAAAGCGCCUUGAGCCACUUGGGAUAACUGUGAAAGAGUUGACUGGAGACAUGCACCUGACCAAGCCAGAGAUAAUGGCCACCAACAUGAUUAUUACAACGCCAGAGAAAUGGGAUGUGACGACGCGAAAGCCAGGAGACACUCAGUUAUCACAGCUCGUAAAAUUGCUGAUUAUUGAUGAAGUUCACCUGCUUCAUGGAGAUCGAGGACCUGUACUGGAGACUUUGGUUGCAAGAACAUUACGUAUGGUGGAAUCUCAGCAGUCAAUGAUAAGGAUAGUGGGUCUGUCUGCCACACUUCCAAAUUAUAUUGAUGUGGCAACCUUUCUCAGAGUUAAUCCAUACAAAGGACUAUUCUUCUUUGAUGGACGUUUCCGGCCAGUGCCUCUUGGACUGACCUUCAUCGGUAUCAAAGCUCUUGGAAGGUUCAAGCAGAUGGAAGAUAUGGACAGGGUUACUUAUGAGAAAUGCCUUCACUUUAUAAAGCAAGGCCACCAAGUGAUGGUCUUUGUCCAUGCAAGGAAUGGAACUUUGCGAACUGCUGAAAAUCUUAUCAAGAUAGCACAAGAGAUGGGUAAAACAGAAGACUUCCUGCCUGAUGAUGGACCUGAGCUUGCCAAUGCCCGAAAAGACAUGGCACGAUCACGGAACAAAAAGCUGUUGGAGUUAUUUGAUUCAGGUUUUGGUGUUCAUCAUGCUGGGCUGCUGCGAGCUGAUAGGGCAGCAAUUGAGAAUGUUUUUAGCCAGGGGAUGAUCAAAGUGUUGGUAUGCACAGCUACCCUUGCCUGGGGUGUUAACCUUCCUGCUCAUGCCGUCAUCAUUAAGGGAACAGAUAUUUAUGAUAGCAAACACGGCACCAUGGUUGACUUAGGAAUUCUAGAUGUGCUGCAGAUUUUUGGUCGUGCUGGUAGGCCGCAGUUCGAUAAGAAUGGUCAUGGAACAAUCAUCACCACGCAUGAUAAAUUAGCCCAUUAUCUUUCUUUGUUAACUAAUCAGUAUCCUAUAGAGAGUUCCUUCAUCAAGCAUCUGGCAGAUAAUUUGAAUGCUGAGGUGUCACUAGGCAACGUCACCAACAUGGAAGAAGCUAUUGAAUGGAUGAGUUACACGUACCUUCACGUCCGCAUGAGGAAGAACCCCCAGGUUUAUGGAUUGCUGUAUAAGGAUGCGCAGCAGGACCCUAAUCUUGAAAUGUUUCGACGUGAGCUUCUCACCACGGCUGCGAGGGCACUGGAUAAGGCUCGUAUGGUUCGAUUUGAUGAUGCCACUGGCUUUAUGCAUAUUACAGAUCUAGGGAGAAUUGCCAGUCAGUUCUACAUUAAGUAUGACACAGUUGAAAUUUUCAAUGAGUUUUUGAAAUCUGUUAUGAAUGAAGGAGACAUUUUAGCUGUGAUAUCACAAAGCUCCGAGUUUGCACAAUUAAAGGUACGAGAUGAGGAGAUGAACGAACUGGAUGACCUCCACCAACAGUGCGAGGUGGUUGCAAUGGGAGGAGCUGAACACAUACAUGGCAAAGUCAACAUCCUUUUGCAAUCACAUAUCUCACGCAUCAGAGUAGAUAGUUUCUCACUGGUGUCAGAUAUCAAUUAUAUUACUGAUAACUCUGUGAGAAUAACACGGGCACUCUUUGAGAUAGUUCUGCACAGGAAUUGGCCUCUGAUGGCAGGUCGUCUACUUACUAUGGCUAAGAUGUUGGAACACCAGAUGUGGCACUUUGAGAGCCCCAUGAAGCAGUUUGCCCGCUUGACCCAUGAGAUUAUUGAGAAGAUUGAGGACAAGAGGCUCACCAUUGAGAAGAUCAGAGAUAUGGAUCCUAAAGAAAUCGGGAAGCUGAUCCGGCAUGAAAGGAUGGGAAGGGAAAUUAAAGCUGCUGCUUGGCAGUUUCCGCUUCUUGAGAUCGAGUCCAAAAUCCAGCCCAUCACAAGGACUGUUCUUAGGGUUACGCUAAACAUCAGUGCAGAUUUCACUUGGAGUGACAGAAUUCAUGGGAGUCAGGAAGUGUAUUGGAUAUGGGUGGAAGAUCCCGACAACAACCACAUGUACCACCAUGAGCAGUUCACACUCACCAAAAAGCAAGUUGUGCGAAGAGAGGAGCAGCAAUUGGUAUUCACUAUACCAAUCUUUGAGCCACUGCCUAACCAGUACUAUGUAAGAGCCAUCAGUGACAAGUGGCUCAGCUGCGAGUCUACGUGUGUGAUGAAUUUCCAGAAUCUAAUUCUACCCGAGAGACAUCCUCCUCACACUGAUUUACUUGAUUUAGAACCACUGCCAGUGACUGCCCUUGACAACAUGGGAUUUGAAAUGUUGUACAAGUUCAGCCAUUUUAACCCCAUACAGACCCAGCUCUUCCACUGCUUAUAUCACACAGAUAAUAAUGUAUUACUUGGAGCUCCCACUGGUUCUGGCAAAACAAUUGCUGCUGAGAUAGCCAUGUUCAGAAUAUUUAGGGAAGCUCCAGAGGCAAAGAUUGUCUACAUUGCCCCACUGAAAGCCCUUGUGCGAGAACGUGUAGAUGACUGGCGAGUAAGGCUCCAGGAGAGGCUGGGGAAGAGGGUUGUUGAGCUGACUGGUGAUGUGUCGCCGGAUAUUAGGGCCAUUCAGGCUGCCCAUGUGAUUAUAACUACACCUGAAAAAUGGGACGGUAUCUCUCGCUCAUGGCAGACAAGGAACUAUGUCAAACAAGUAGCCCUGAUUAUCAUCGAUGAGAUUCAUUUACUCGGGGAGGAUCGUGGUCCUGUGCUUGAAGUGAUUGUGUCACGUACAAACUUCAUCUCCAGCCAUACUAGUAAGAAGUUGCGCGUCAUUGGCCUCUCUACCGCUCUGGCAAACGCUAAGGACUUGGCAGAUUGGCUUGGAAUUGGCCCGAUGGGCCUGUAUAAUUUCCGCCCAUCUGUGAGACCUGUGCCACUGGAAGUUCACAUUGCAGGUUUCCCUGGCAAACAUUAUUGUCCACGUAUGGCAACCAUGAAUAAACCAACAUUCCAAGCCAUCAAGCAGCACUCGCCUGAUAAGCCAGUGUUGGUGUUCGUCUCGUCACGUAGGCAGACUAGACUCACAGCCAUUGACCUCAUGGGUUUUGUGGUAGUUGAACCCAAUCCUAAACAGUGGCUGAAGAUGCCAGAUCAUGAGAUGGAUCAGAUAUUGUCAAACAUCCGUGAUGAGAACCUUCGUCUUUGCUUGUCAUUUGGAAUUGGUCUUCACCAUGCGGGCCUGAUAGAGAGAGACAGAAAAGUUGUUGAGGAGUUGUUCGUCAACCAGAAAAUCCAGAUCCUCAUUGCAACAUCCACCCUUGCCUGGGGAGUGAACUUCCCAGCCCAUCUUGUUGUGGUCAAGGGGACUGAAUACUAUGAUGGGAAGACCAAGAGAUAUGUAGACUUCCCAAUUACAGAUGUGUUGCAAAUGAUGGGGCGAGCAGGAAGACCUCAGUUUGAUACUCAGGGUGUUGCUGUCAUUCUUGUUCAUGACCAGAAGAAGCAUUUUUAUAAGAAGUUCCUCUAUGAACCAUUUCCUGUGGAGUCCAGUUUGAUGGGUGUCCUGCCUGAUCACAUGAAUGCUGAGAUUGUUGCUGGCACCAUUUCCACAAAGCAAGAAGCCUUAGAUUACUUAACUUGGACUUAUUUCUUUAGGAGGCUAGUCCAGAAUCCAUCCUACUAUGGACUAGAACUGGAUGAUGAGGACAGAGCAAAUAAUGCCAUUAACACCUUUCUCUCUCAAACUAUAGACAGGGCAUUGACUUGUCUAGAAAAUGCAUACUGCAUUGAAAUUGGAGAGGACAACCGCACUAACUUCCUAUCUAAACUCUACUACUUGUCCCAUGAGACAAUCCAGCUCUUCCACGAUAAGCUCAGUGCUGGCAUCACUAUGGAAGAGCUUUUGGAUCUGAUGACGCAGGUGUGCAAAUUUUUAUUGCUAUACAGAGCACUUUAUGAGCUAAGCUAUUCCAUAGACAAAAGUCCCUGUUCUAGAUUACAGCAGGCUAUAAGGAUUUUACAGGCUAUGUUGGAUAUCUGUGGAUGUGCAGGCUGGUUGGCUGCUGCACUACAAGUCCAAGUGUUGAUGCAGAUGGUUACUCAAGCACGCUGGCACAUGGACAGCUCCCUUCUGACGCUGCCCAGUGUUACUUCUGACACUUUGUAUUGUUUCAAACAUGAUGGAAGAAGUAUUCAGAGUCUGCCAGAGCUUGUGCAAAUUGUUAGCGGACGGUAUGAAACACUGGCGACAAUGCUCCGAGAAGAAUUAGACGAGGGACAGAUUGAAAAUGUCUUUAAGGUCCUAAAACAUCUACCAUUACUCAAUGUCAGUGUGGCUGUACGGGGUUGGUGGGCCAACACAGAGAAUCAGUCAGAGGCCAGAGUCAACAUCAGGAGCACAGAGGAGAACCGCAAGAACAGCGACUGGGUUGAGGUCCAUGCAGAUCAGGAAUAUUCCCUGGCCAUCCAUCUUCACCGUGUGAACAGGGGUCAAGACCUUCGCAUCCAUGCUCCAAAAUUCCCAAAGCCAAAAGAUGAGGGCUGGUUCUUGGUCCUAGGGGAGGUAGAGUCUGGGGAGUUGCUGGCACUCAAGAGAGUGCCACCUGUCCGUGGCAGAGCCACUCACACCCUCUCCUUCAAGACACCUGAUCAACCAGGACGAGCAGUACUGACACUGUAUGUGAUGUCAGACAGCUAUCUUGGCUUGGAUCAGCAGUAUGACCUCCCCCUUGAAAUCAUUCCCGCCAGUCUUGAAGCUCAAGUGAACUCAGAACUAGUGAUAAGUGAAGCAGAUGAAGAAGUGCUCACCAAAUGGCUUCCACCCCCUGCAGACACUCCUGUUUUUAAAUAGAAUUAUUGUCAGAUACUAAUGGAUUGCAAGUUUCCCUACUGUCAUAAAAAAAACUAUAUGGAGCAAUUGUUAUUCUCUAAGAAGGAUGGAUGAAAUUUAGUGUUCCAGAGUUAGAAGCUGAUGUGAAGUUAGAUAUUGGGAUAAAAAUGUAUAGUAGAGCAGUAUUUUUAAUUUAUUUUUUUAUCCAUCCUGUAUUAAGAAAAAUUCUAUUGAAUAUGCUACACUUGAAUUUUACAUGGAUUAAAAUAUGUUGAAUAUACUCUGGUAAAAUAUAUGUAUAAUUAUAUUAAUAUAAUUAUUAAUAAUGCUUGCAGACACAUGUGUUCAUGUAUACACACAGAAGAAAGUUAUUGCAAAAUAAGGCAUUCCCAAAAUGUUCCUGGGUUUUCUCUUCAGAUGUGAAGAGGCUGAGGAGAGGAAAGUAUUUCAAAGGGUAAGGGAGGACUAACAUAGGGCAGGUGAAGUCAGAUAUACAGACAUGAAAACAGGUCGUUUAGUUGUGUGCUAAACAGUUAUUCAAUUGUCUAGCACCAACUGGGGUCACUGAGGAGUUACAGCCUUUCAAAAGUUGUCUUAAAUUCUCUUUGCAUGUACAAGUGUAAGUUAGUGAGUGUGGUAAGUGAAAAGGAGGCAGGGAGGGAGUAGAAGUAGGAGAGAGGGUGGGAGUGAAGGAAGGAAAGAAAGAAAAACACAGACACAAAAUACACAUACAAGAAAAGUUAUAACUAUGGUAUACAUGAAAUUUGUCAUAUUGGGGAAAGAUUAGAAAUAUAUUUUGAAAUCACUUAUAUUUAGUGGAUUGAAACUAGCAGCUGUAUAACAAUAAACUCCCCUGACUGGUAACAGUAAACAAUAUUUUA